AUGAACGCUACUACGACGACUUCUUCUCCGUACGCGGCGAUUGCAAAGAUGCGACGCGAAUUUCCGCAAUCGUACGUCAUUCAAUUAGCCACGGUGAAUAGUCAAGGGAAACCGAAAGUGAGAAGCGUGUUGUUUGAAGAUUUGAAGACGAGCGAGAAAGAGCAAGUGCUCGUAUCGAUGAAGUGUUCGAAGAAAUCGAAUAAGUUUGCGAAAGCUCUCGAAGAUGGGUCAGCGACGGCUGAUGGGGAAGUGUGUUGGUGGGUAGAAGAUUCGAAUUGCCAGUGGCGCUUCAGUGGGAGUGUGGAUCUCGUCUCCGACGGAGACGAAAGACGCCGUCUUUGGGAUCACAUGAACGCGGGCGGCAAAGGUCAAUUCUUAUUACCCCAGGACGCGGGAGAGAUGCAACGAAAUACGGAAGAGUUGAGAGAGAAACAAAUAGAAAAGUUAAAAUCGUUCGGAGAAGACCAGAGCGCAGCGUUUGACGCGCCGAUGGAAGAUUUUUUAGUUUGCGUUCUCAGAUGCGAGGAGAUAGAUUACUUAAAUUUAGGAACUUUAGAGAGGAGAAAUUGGAUUUACGACGACGAAAAGGCAUCUUACGAUUUAAGAAAAGACGGCGUGUGCGUUCCGGUGGUGUCGUCCGUCAAGAAUGCAUAG